AUAUCCUGGAAAUCUGUCGUGAUACUGAUAUGUAUCAUUUUUUUUAAUCUUAUUCUUAUAAGAUAACAACAAACACUGCUAUUAGUUUUAGUAUUAUUGGAGCUUGUGGAGUAAAAAGUCCUUUUAUUUUAUAUUAAUAGCGUCAGCCAGCAAUGGCACAAGAGAUGUUAUUGCCCUCCAUUCUAAUGUGUGUAUAUAUAACACUCAUGGCCGUUUACGAGGCUACUGUCAACACACCUUCUCUGACAGAAAAAAAAAACUAAGGAUGAAAUUAGCAGAACUGGUUUUCAUCCCUUACCCGGGGAUUAGCCAUCUCCAAUCAACGGUGAAGAUCGCCAAGCUCCUGGUAGAUCGGGACGAUCGUCUCUUCAUUACAGUUCUUGUCAUCAAAUUACAAGCUCUCACCAGUUUAAAUGCUCAAACAGAUGACGUAGUCGUUUCCACCGGCUCGGAACGAAUCAAGUUCAUCGAACUUCCGCCUUACAACGAAGGUCACCCGGGUAAGUUCAGGAGUGUUUUGCUCGAAAGAAGGAAAUCCCAUGUCAGGGACAUCGUUGCUGAACUCGUCCGGUCCCGAGCCAGUCGUGCAGACUCACCCCACCUUGCCGGACUCGUCAUCGACAUGUUCUGCGUAACCAUGAUUGACGUGGCCAACGAGUUUGGAAUCCCCACGUACGUGUUCUACACGUCCGGCGCUGGUUUCCUCGGCCUCAUGUUCCAUCUCCAACAUCUUCACGACCAAAAUAACGUCAACCCGACUGAGUUGCAGAACGAUCCCGAUGCUGAGUUGGUCGUCCCGUGUUUUGUUGAUCCGGUUCCCACCAGCUCCUUGCCGUACGCAGCCGUGGCGGAGGGCUGGUCUUCGUUGUUCAUCCAAUACACUAGGAGGAUGAGAGAGAUCAAGGGUAUUAUCGUAAAUUCAUUCGUAGAUCUGGAAUCAUUCGUGGUCAGUUCUAUGCUACACAGUCGACUGCCAUCUUUGUAUCUCGUGGGACCCGUACUAAGCUUGAAAGAUGAUCCUGAUCGUUGCAAAGCCUCGUCCGGUGAGUCUGACACGGACAAUAUCAUGAAGUGGCUCAAUGAUCAGCUCCCUUUAUCGGUAGUAUCCCUAUGUUUCGGGACCAUGGGGUUCUUCCGUGUGGAUCAGUUGAACGAGAUCGCCUGUGCACUAGAGCAGUGUGAACAUCGAUUCUUGUGGUCCGUACGGAAGCCUCCACCCACAGACAAGUCCGUGAUUUACUCAAUGCCAAGUGAUUACUCAGAUCUAAUGGAUGCUCUGCCCGAAGGGUUUCUUGAUCGUACGGCCAAGAGAGGAAGAGUCAUAGGGUGGGCUCCACAGGUUGACAUCAUGGCCCACCAAGCGAUUGGUGGGUUUGUCUCCCACUGCGGUUGGAAUUCGAUACUAGAGAGUAUUUGGUUUGGUGUACCCAUCGCCACGUGGCCGAUUUAUGCGGAGCAACAUUUGAAUGCGUUUCAGAUGGUCAAGGAAUUGGGAGUAGCGGAGGCGAUUUCGUUGGAUUUUAAGAGUGGAUUUUAUAUUGAGAGCGAAAGAUCUGUUUUAGAAGCCCGAGAGAUCGAGGGAGGGAUCAGGAGGUUGAUGGAGCAUGGUAAUGGAAUAAGGUCGAGGGCAAGAGAAAUGAGUAAGAGGAGUAGAGAAGCAGUGAUGGAAGGCGGAUCUUCUUACUCUUCUUUGGGCCGUCUCAUUAAUGAUGUCAUGGACAAUAUACCUUGAUUGAUGUCAAAACUAGUUGUACCUGUAUGUCCUUUUUCUUUUGGUUCUAAUGAACUAAUUAGUUUGGAAUCAUUUUCACGUGCUGCUAUUUGUCAUCUUAUGUAGUCCCAUACAACAUUACAUGACAUUUAGGAAUUAGUUAAGGAUCCUCAAUAUGGAUUAUUAAAUUAAAUAAGGUUUCGUGUAUUGUGCUGGUUUGGCAUUUCUUUAAUAAUAAUAAUAAUAAUAAUAGUAAGAAUAAUGAUAGGUGCACACUCAUUU